UGCGUCGUGAGGCGCCGUAGGGAAGACAGGCGGUACACGUACCACCCGUCCACACGUUGUCGCGAUUGUCCUUGUGUUUUGUGUCCCUGUGGGGGUGUAUCCUAUCGUGUAAACGUGACGGAAUCUGGAUAACCCUGGGUGUUUAGUGCCUCAGGCGGGCGAGUGUGUGAUGGUGGGGCUGAGUGACCUCUGGCCCAGGUACAUCACGAGUGCCACCAGCCAGAUAUGCGGGGACAUAACACACUCUUGUCCCUGGAUGCUCGUGCCUGUGUGUCCCAGCACGUGUCAUGCACUGCCGUCACCAGUGGUAGUGUGAGAGACAAGUGACCGUUGUGUUUUAUGUACUGAAAACUAAACUACACCAAGAGCUUUAAAUGCAUGCCAAAGAUGAUGCGACACCUUAUGUAAGAGACUCAGGACGGUGUCAGUGCUAUGAUGGCAGCGUCAGGAGGUGCCAGUGCCGUUGUGGGGGAGCGAGAGGCGCAGAAGGCGGCGGAGGGAGCACCCCGGCCACCAUGCAGGACAAGCAACAGGUGGCAAGAUGGUGCUCCAACUCAGACCUGCUGUGUCGGGUCUUCACAGCCUACCUCACCGUGUGGUUGGGCUGGGUCGUCCCCCGGCUUGUGAGACGCGGUGAGGAGGAGGAGAGUGAGGUAGAGAGGAUACAAGACCUUUUCCCCCAUGACGACCUACGACUACAUGAACGAGACCCAGUUACUCAGAAGAUGAAGGGGCUAAUGAGGAAGCGGUCAACGACGGCGGCGCGACUUCAGCGAGCCUUCAGUGCCAAAGGACUGCGCGGACCUAGCGUCGACCACCAGCACAACAACAACAAAGACAGCACCAACAACAACAACAGCAACAAUGGCGGCACCAGCGGCGGGUUGCCCCCUAACAGGACGAGAGAGGGACGCCCCAAGAGGCAGUUCAUCAUGGAGACGCCCGUCACCUUCACCACCGGUGUUCAGUCCCAGGAGCGACACCUGUUCCUCUUCAGCGACCUCCUGCUGGUGGCUAAGGCGAGGAGUGGUGGCAACUUCAAACUCAAAGAGAAGGUGCGGGUGUCGGAGAUGUGGUUGUCGUCGUGUCUGGACGACGUGGCCGAGGUGGCCAAGAGUCAGGACACCUCCUUUGUCAUGGGCUGGCCCACUACCAACGUCGUCGCCUCCUUCAGCUGUGUGGCCACCAAGGACCUGUGGUACAACAAGCUGUGUCAGGUGAUAACCGAGGAGCGGGACAAGGAGCCGCCUUCAACCACCAUCCAGGUCACCUACUACGACCCCGUCAACAACAUCGACUUUAGCAAGAUGGUGAGCAUCAGUUCGACAACAACAGCACGAGAGUGUGUGGCGCUCACCUUAGACCACCUGGAGAUGGGUGGGGCAGACACCUCCCAGUUUCAGUUGUGGGUGAAGACUGGCUUGGAUGAUUCCCCUUACCCACUCAUUGGCCACGAGUACCCCUUCGCCAUCAAGCUCAAUUGUGUCCGUGACCUCCUGCAGGACUGUGAUGCUGAACAGUGUAACAAUCUGUACAAUACCGAGCUGGUCACCCGCUGCCAGUUUAUCCUACGACAAGCUCGGAAACUGUCUUUUGAGUCUCCAGAGGGGGUGAAGAAGGUCUCCAAGAAGGCCCGCAAGUCUCCUAUAAGGAUCCACCGGGUAUUCAAAAGGUCCAAUAGCAAAGGGGAGUCUCUGGAUGGAAGUGUAAACUCAUGUGCAGGCGCCUUUUAUGGGCAGUCCCUCGUCAAGCUAGUGGAACCAGAGAACAGGCUGCCCAAACCUGUCAUGGACAUGCUGUCGCAGUUGUUCCAGAAGGGACCCUUCACAGUGGGAAUCUUCAGAAAGUCGGCCAAUGCACGGCUGGUGCGGGAGCUGCGGGAGAAGCUCGACAGCAACGAGGCAGACGGGGCCAUUGAUCUCGAAAAUGUACACAUCACAGCCGUUGCGGCACUUCUCAAAGACUUCCUUCGAUCUAUGCCCGAUUGUUUGCUGGUUGCUGACCUAUAUGAGGAAUGGCUAAAACUAUCACAAAUCAGUGGCUUGAGAGAACGAAUAUCAAGAACACUACUCUUGUGCUCUAGGUUGCCUCGAGCCCACCUCAUCCUUCUUCAGCACUUCCUGUGUGUGCUGCACCACAUCACUCGCCGCUCCUCCGAGAAUAUGAUGCCUGCCUCAAACCUUGCUGUGUGUGUUGGUCCUUCCAUCUUGUGGCCAUCUUCCCCAGUUGUAGCACUAAGUCCUGAAGCCUCCAAGCAGGUGCCUGCUGUAGUGGAAUUUCUCAUUGAACGAUGUGGAGAUAUAUUUGGCCAAGAUAUGCUCCAUUUACUUGGUGAACCACCAGAGCGGGACCCCAUGAGACAAGACAGUGGAGCAGAGGAGUCUGACAGCCUACAUAGUCUUCACAGUGGCCACAGCCUUCACAGUUCCAGUGGCAUGAGAAGGGAUGACAGCAGUAUAGAUUCCUUGGAGCGAGAACUACUAGUAGAGGGUGAACUGUCUCCAUUGCCUCGCAAGGACAAGAUGUCUUUGACCAACUUAAGCCGUGACUCUGGUCUCACCAUGAGUGACUCUCAGUUGUAUACACCUGAUGAGGAAGAAAGCGAGUCAACGAGUUCUGGCCACUCUGGGGCUGACAAGAGCAUCAGCAACUAUAGCAGUGGUGGCCAUUCAGAACGCUCCGGAGACCGUUUUCAGCACUAUGCAGCUCCCAAUAACCCAAAUGCAAUAUAUGCAGCUGUCUAUCGUCGACCUGAGAAGAUCCCUGUAGGAUAUGAUGAUCCUGAGAAUUACUAUGCUGCACCGAGUAGAGAACAUGCUCGGAUACAAAUUACGUAUUCUACUCCUGGAUAUCCCCAUGGUCCCCCUGGCCAAGGCAAGGAAUAUACCAGAGUGUACCAGAGCCGCCAAGACAGGAUGAGUGACGUCUACAGAAAAGGUCAAGAAGAGGAGGCCAUAUAUAGUGUGCCAGCUGGAUCAUCAGCAAAUAUUGUGAACCCUCCUCCAUUUGUUGUAAAUUCUAACUUCCAGCGGCACGACUGGAUGCGACGCCGUUCAAAUCUGCGUAAAGUGUCCCGCUCAAGUAGUGGUGAUGGAGGUCUGGUGCGUUCCACCUCAGAAGAAAGUCUUCUUAACAAAUACAAUGGUCUCGAUUAUGGUAUUUCCAUGGGUCCAUCUGGCAUUCCACCCAAACGGCCGGCACAACAUGGGAAGGGUCGUGCCCCACCACCUCCACCUGGGGAAGAGAUUGAAGACUGUCCAGUAUCUGGAGGUAGGGAGUCUCCAAUCCGAAGGUCAAAAUCAGCGCAUUACUUGACCGAGCCUGUGCGAGAUGAUGACAGAUUGGGACGAUCUCCUGAUAACACACCAGCAGUGUCUCGAUCAUCAUCACAUGAUGCUGUUGCCUGGCAACGCUCCCGUUCCACACCUCAAAUACACGAUGAGGCUGAUCGCUCUUAUGAUUCGUCCACUUUGAGUGAUGAUGAUUCAACUCCACAUGUCUCACGAUCCAAUUCCAGAGGGAAAGAAUAUGGUGGUGGAGGCCUUAACACCUGGGAAGCAGUUUAUGGCACAGAACACACUCCCUCAGAUUCUGGUGAAUCACACAACUCUCGAAACUCGUCCUUUAAGAGUGAACGAACGGGAAGUAUGUGUACAGUGGUGUCUGCUGGAAGUACUUCAACACUCGCUUCUAACCCUCCAUCCUAUGAAGAGGCUCUUAAUAGACGCUCUCUCAUGUACCGAGGUGCGCCACAGCAGGGACACCAAGCACAGGGAUCUCCAUCCAACAGAGAUGGACAUUUUGCUGAAUUUGCCAUAAGAGAAGAAAAAAUUAAAUCUGCGAGAGCCAAACAAUUGUAUGAGGAGUCGCUGAGAAUAUAUCAAGAGGAGAAUACCUACCCAGGGGACUUAGUACGUGCCUCCCCAGCACAAGCUGAAGACAGUGACGAGUAUGAACGGCCGCCACCCCUCCCUCCCAAGUCUGAACCUCCACCUCUGCCUCCUAAACAGCGUGGGAAUGGUGGGAAUGGGAGUCGCAGGGUGAGUGAUGGUCUUGGCCGUCUUAAGCAUCUCCCACCAGUACAUGUGGAGACUCACGCUCGCAAGUCGCGCUCAGUCACUUCCCUACCCACAUCAUACGGAUGUGAUCCACCCUACCAUAAAACUAUCAUAUAUACAGAUGACAGCCCUCCAACGCUUCCUCCCAAAGAACGUACAGUAAUUGAAAUUGAAUCGGCAUACUCACAGUUUCCAGAACCUCGAGUGAGACAGACCACAAGUAGAGCUGUGUCACCACCCAGGGUAGAAAAGAAGAGCAUAGAAACUCAGACUGAUGACUAUGAUCUUGACGAUGAAGUGAAGGACGAGGGCAUCCAGACGUCAGGGACCUGGAUGAUGGAGCCUCAUGUGACCUCAGUGUCUGUCCCUGACCCCAACUCUCAUAAUGACAAGCGGCGAGGCAGAGCUCGACGACGAGAUUCUUCGGCAUCACACCGCAGCAAAAGUGUCCCCACACGUGAGACAGGCUCCCAACAGCAACCACACUCCGGUGAUGAGGAGGAAGAAGAUGAAUGGGAUUACCACACUACUCCAUCCUUACAAGACUUUGCCGUAGGUCCUGCCGCACUUCGUGACCUACGUCAGCUUGACCCUGAUCUUAGACAAGAAAUUAGUUGGUCAGUGUCUCAGCUUCGAGCAAUAUUUGGGGAAACUCUAAAAGGCGCCAAAGUUCACCCACCUCCUUACCGGCCGCCACCCUCUGCCCACCGCGCACCUAUCACCUCAUAUCACCUAGGGGCAGGUGAUUCAUUUACCUCUCGAAAAUCACGUCCACACUCUAACUACGGCGAGGAGUCCUAUGUUUAGCAUGUUGGAGCGCCUUUGCCUCACCCUGCCCACCGCGCUUACUACACUCAGCGGCCACGCUGUGCUGCAUACACCGCCACAACUAACACCAGCCGACUCUCUGUUAGAUUACUUCUCUAACGUACUAAAUGCUCAAGAUCAUAGGCUUUUGUAUGUAUUUGUAUUAUAUUAUGUACAUUCUGUACAGAAUUACGCUCUAAGUCAUACAAGUAAGGACCUCAAAUAAUAACUGUUAUCAAAUAUGUGGUUGGUGGGUGACAAAGGGUGGUGGAGUGCAGCAGGGGUCUUUCCUUGCCUUCUCCCCACUCACCUCACACAUCACCACCAAACUUUUGUAAAUUACUAUUACUAACUAUACUAUAAUUGUUUAUAUGUUGUUAAUAAAAUCGGAGAUUUAUA